AACGGGGAGGGAAGAGGGAGGGAGCGAGGGACGGGUCCGGCCUGCCCCUGGGGCGGGGCGGCGUUUGCAAGACAACAGCCCGAGCCCGACACAAGGAACCGCUCGCUGAUGCUGGAGGGAGCCGCGCGGAGUCGCCAGCGCCAAGCAGCUUAGAGGUAACAGAGGCAGAGGAGAGAAAAAGAAUCCAGGAUAAACAAGCGAAUAAUGUGUGUCAAUUUCUGUUGCACGUAUAUGGACAGAGUUUCAUUGACAGGAAUGAAGAACCUGUGGUCCUCUAGAUAUUGAUGGACUGCAGUUCGCAUCAUACCUGACCAUAGCCCAUGUUGGCUGUAGCUGAAGGGAGUUAGAAUCCAACAACAUGUGGAGAAAACAUAGGACCUCCACCAUUGCAUGAGGGCAGGAGGGCUAAGGAGUCAUGUCAAAGUCUUCAUGGAAAAGGAUGUCCAUGAGGAGCCCUGCCUCUCCUCAGCUGGAGCUCGAUGGAGCCGGGAACAUGGUGAACUGCAGCGUUAAGAUAGAAGAGAAGACUGAGAGCUGCUACCAGUCUACACAGGGGGAGGUGACUGGUGCUCCUCCUGGCUCUGAGAAACCACACAAUUCACCAUCGCCACUGAGUGAAGUUACUGAGCCCCAAACGCUUCCACAGGAAUCUGCAUCUCCAGUGGACAAGACAUUAGACUCCAGGAACUCUUCAUUCGAGGCGGCAGUGAGCAACCGGGAAAAAUUGGAUUUCAACAGAAACUUAAAAGAAGUGAUGCCGACCAUUGAGAAGUUACUGUCCAGUGACUGGAAAGAGAGACUUCUGGGGAAAAAUCCAAUGGAAUCCAAAGAUGUGAAAGGAACCCAAGAAAGCCUGGCAGAGAAGGAGUUGCAGCUGCUGGUCAUGAUUAACCAGCUGUCCAUCCUGCGGGACCAGCUGCUGACUGCCCACUCGGAGCAGAAGAACAUGGCAGCUAUGCUGUUUGAGAAGCAGCAGCAACAGAUGGAACUGGCCAGGCAGCAGCAGGAACAGAUUGCCAAGCAACAGCAACAGCUGAUCCAGCAGCAACACAAGAUCAACCUGCUACAGCAGCAAAUCCAGCAGGUCAACAUGCCCUAUGUAAUGAUUCCAGCCUUUCCUCCCAGCCACCAGCCUCUUUCGGUCUCCCCAGAUCCUCAAAUGGCACUUCCCAUCCAGCCAAUCCCUUGUAAACCAGUGGAGUACCCCAUGCAACUGCUGCACAGCCCCCCUCUGUCUGCACUGAAGAGACCCUCAAGCUCAGGCCACCUACAGAUCCAGGAAUCUUCACAGCCACUGAACUUAACAGCAAAGCCCAAAGGCUCCGAGCUCCCCAAUUCCUCCAGCUCACCCAGCUUAAAGAUCAGCAGCUGCCAGUCCCUCACUCCUAACCAUGGGGUCUCUCAGGAGCUGCAGACCAGCCCUCCCAGCCUCCCUUUGGGGUUCCUGGGGGAGGGAGAUGCUAUCACCAAAGCAAUCCAGGAUGCCCGGCAGCUUCUGCACAGCCAAAGCAGAGCGUUGGAUGGAUCUCCAAAUCAUCCCUAUAGGAAGGACCACGUCAGCUUGGAUUCUUCACCUGCAAAAGAACAGGUGGAUGAGACUUCUUUGCAGAGACUGGAUGAGUCCAUGCUAACCUGUGAUGGGGAUGGCUCACGACAUUUCCCCGAAUCCAGGAACAACAACCACAUAAAGCGUCCCAUGAAUGCCUUUAUGGUGUGGGCCAAGGACGAGAGACGGAAGAUCUUGCAGGCCUUCCCAGACAUGCACAACUCAAGCAUCAGUAAGAUUUUAGGCUCACGAUGGAAAUCAAUGUCAAAUCAGGAGAAGCAGCCCUACUAUGAGGAGCAGGCUCGGCUCAGCCGCCAGCACCUGGAGAAGUAUCCCAAUUACAAGUACAAGCCCCGCCCCAAGCGCACCUGCAUCGUGGAAGGGAAGCGGCUCCGUGUCGGCGAAUACAAGGCAUUGAUGAGGAAUCGGCGCCAGGACGCCAGGCAGGGCUACCUGAUUGCACCUCAGGGCAGCCAGAUGCCUCCUUCCUCUUCGGAUCUCAUGUACCAGCGGUCAGUUGGGAUGCAGCUGGCUUCACCCCUGAUGGACCACUACCUGCCCCGUGGCAUGGAAGCAAACAUGCCGGUCAUCAUCAACACCCGUAGCCUGAAGCCAGAGGAAGGGGAUGGGGCUGAGGACAGUCAUUCAGUGCCCGAUGGCGAGAUGUACCACUACAGCGAAGAAGAGGAUUCGGAGGGCGAGGAGAAGAGCGAUGGCGAGCUGGUGGUUCUCACAGACUAAGCCAGUGGUGUGAAGGGGGAGGGAGGUGUGUGGAAA